GCGACGUCAUUUCCGGAUGCGCGAAACGUGACUCGGCGGGAAAACAAGCAAUGAAAAUGGCGGCUGUCUCCUUGUCGAAAGAGGCUCUGGAGGCCUAUGUCGUCUCUGCAAACGAUGUCGUCCUCUUCAAGUUGGUUAUGACGACCGACGACAUCGAAGAUGAUGACAUCGCCUUUCAACCGGAGAUGUCACAUCAAAUCUUCGGCGAGGGGGAAAGCAUCUUUGGUUACCGGGACUUGCAGGUCAAACUGUACUACGGAUGCUGCUCACUCACUCCAUACCUCGGCAUGUCCUACACCGAAAAGAUUGAUCUGAAAAAGAGCGACGGCCUCAAGGCUGACGACGUGCUCAAAACCGUCUUGGAGAAGCUGCCGUCUGGCGUCCACACGAACAUUGACGAGUUUGUGUCAAUACUUCCGAAAGAAACUGCAUUCCGGCCAUUUGGUGAACUGCUUCACUCCUUCAAGAUCGGAAGAGGUGGCCUGUCUCGCACGUUCGAGCUGUACUCUGCGAGUGUGACGACUCCUGGCUUUCUGGAUUAUCACGCUCGCAUGCAGAGCUUUAUCCUGUGGUUCAUCGACGCGGCUUCGUACAUCGACUCGGACGACGAGAAGUGGGAGUACUUUGUCCUACACGAGAAAAAGGUUGUGGAUGGAGUCACGUGCUACCCCUUUGCUGGCUACGCAACUGUGUACAGAUAUUAUGCCUAUCCAACACACAUCAGGCCGAGGAUAAGCCAGAUGCUAGUUCUACCUCCGUUCCAGAAGAUGGGCUUGGGCACCGAGUUGCUGCAAGGAAUAUACAACUUUUACAGGGACCGAAGCGACGUCCUGGAUAUUACAGUUGAAGAUCCUUCGGAGGUUUUCACGAGACUCAGGGACUUUGUUGAUGCCAGGAACUGCCUGAAGCUUGCUUCAUUCUCCAAGGAAAAUUUACAUAAUGGAUUUUCGGAAGAUAUGUGGAAAGAGGCCCAGGAGAAACUGAAAAUCAACAAGAAGCAGGCACGGAGAGUAUACGAGAUUCUUCGAUUACGAGCGACAAACACUGCAAAUGCCAGCCAGUAUAAGGCGUAUCGCCUGGAAGUGAAGAACCGGCUAAAUGCACCCUACCAGAAGCAAAAAACCGACAUUGAGAAGAUGCAGCGGACGAUGUCGCCGGAGGAGUUUCGUGCCACGUUGCAGUGCCUCAACGCCGAGAACCGCAUUGAGCAGCUGGAGAGUCAAUACAGAGACUUGGAGAUGGAGUACAGGCGCACCAUCGAGCGCUUGGCCGUCGCUCCCAGGAGCUGAUUGGGCAGAAGAUGCCACCACCGUUGUGUUACUGCGCUGUUUCAUCCCGUGUAUGGUGUGUGCGUGUUUGCUUGCUUGGUCCAUGUUCCGCAUGUUUUUUCCACUCGAGGGAAACUGCACACUGUUAUUUCGUACGACAACACUGUUCUCGUUGCACCGACACUUUUGAAGUGGACAUUUUUUCUUUAGAUCUGACUUCCAAGAGGAAGCUUCUGAACGAACUUGCGCAAGCCAAGAAAUUCCACUGUUCGAUGUUAACUAACCCGGUUUCAACGAGUUUAUUUUUGUUUCUGCGGCGUAAAUGGCAAAGUUGAAGCAUGCCGACUGCUUACGGCAGAUAUCUUGUGCAGGCCACCACUUCUCUUCUUUAAAGAAUGUUUGUCAGAGAUGUGGCUAAUAAAAAAGUGCCAAGUUUAUAACCUUUUAAUUGUGCAGUGAAUAUGGGCAUUGCAGUAAUACGAACCAUGUCAAUAGUAUGGCCAGGGUACAUAAAUAUAGAUGCAGUACAGCAGUAUGAAGGGAUACCCACCCCUCUUCGUGAACAUGACUUGAUCAGUGUUGAUGCAAACAAUGUAACAGUUUAAUAUAAGCCGUGAACUAAUAUCAAACUUGUAAAUUUUUUACACUACGUUGCAUCGUCUGUAUGAUGCACAUUUAUGUAUGUACUCGUAAACAGGGUAGUUUAUUUUUUCAGUUUUUCCAUCCUUUAGUAAAGACAUCUCAAGCGCCAAAUCUGUCUGUGACAGUUGGCAUCUCUCUAAAUGCAGCAAAAUUGCUUCCACAUGUACUUAAAUAUGGAAAUCAUAUGUGGCCCAAGCAUAGGUCUUCCUCUUAGCACAGUCAGUAAUUUGUGUGAGGAGAAGUAAUCAGUCAUUGCUCUGAUUGUUGACACGUGUCUGCUUGUUGGUGCUAGACAUGUAAAAUUUGUUGAUGCAUCUCAUGUUAAUUUUGUAGGUGCCCCACUAACACAGCUGUCAAUGGCUUAAAAUGGAAGAAGCAAAUGAGCACCCUGCUUCUUGUGUCUGCAAGGUACCUUCCUCACACAGUGAGAUUUGCCUGCAGCAGACAAAGGGUUUACACCAAGGUUGACCAUCUCGCAGGGGCGAUUAUCAAACAAACAUUUGGCACGCGCGUCUACACAAACUGCCAGUAUGCAGGUCUGACCGAAUCGAAAGUGACGGGUGGCAUGUGCAUUUGCAUUAGGAACCUCUUCCUCUGCUUCAAUUGUCCUUGCAACCUAUGAUGGUCACAAGAUUCCCAAGAUUGCUUGGAAAAGGUAAUGCAGGCAGAACUGAUGACAAAAAAAGCAAUGCAUUUUUGUUGUCUGUUAAGAGUCUGUUCAGCAGACGAGAAAAAUGCAUUGCUUUUUUGUUGUCUGCUGUGUUUGCACCAUCGCGAACAUCUAUUCGGUACCUGUGAGUUAUACUGCUAUUGUGAAUUUGACACAUGGAAAAUAACUAUAUGAGACAAAGUUAUUAGCCUUACCAAGUACUGAACUGUUGUUAUUUCUUGGCGAAUGCUAUCAGGAUUUACCCAUUCUGGAUGUUGCCAUGAAAAAGGAAUACAGUCGACUUGUGUUGCGUCAACCCUGAAGAGACCAAUAAAAUUGGCUGAGUUAUCUGGCAGGUCGAGAUAAAUGGCACGAAAAACAGCGCACUGCCAACUGAUUUGGCAGAAUUCUCCCCAAUUGUAGCACAUCCCUGAAUAGAACAUGCACCUUUAGUCGUCCUUAAUAGAAAAUUAACAUAAAAAAUGACUUGGUACCUAAAGUAUCUAGAAAUUGAAUGCGUGCCCCAUUUUUUAGCAGGGAAAAAAACAUAGCACGUCUCCAAGUCUGGCAGUGAGAAAAAGCAGAAACCGGUGAACGUUCUCCUUUCGGAAAAAAACUUUAUUUACAUAAUCUCUGUCAUCAUAACGCUUAGGCAGCAGUUUAUCACUGUGAAAAACAAACUAUGUCAUCUUCCUUACGGUUGGCGGCAUCUUUGAAGCCCUGCAUGUAUAAAACGACUCAUCAACAUUCAUAAACGGAAUGGUGGCCUUCACCAGACAAACCACUUUGCUAGUCCGUCUUGCGACGUGCGAUUCUGUGGAACACAGAAGACACGUGAUGCAGCUGUUGCCACUGGCUCAACAAAUGAAACAAAUUAUUGGUUGAAAGUGCACUUGUAAUCAUACUGAAACUGGUGUCUUGUUAUGCUGCCCAAACUCACCGGCCAUGGUAGCCAUUUUGUAAUAGCACUGGACAAACUAGCUCUAAGUUGUCGCGAACACAGUAUUGGUUUUGUCCUCGUUUGCACUGCCAUAGUAGCUUUCGGGCCAAUUUUCUAUGAAAAAGCAAAAAAAUACUGACGCAUGCAUUACAAUCAAAUAAAUACUGUAAUAACUUACCGUUAGCCACCGUUUUCGGGUUAAGAUCUUCCUGUGGCAGGUUGGAAAUGGAUGGUUUCGAUGGGAGAUGUAAAAAUGAUCGUCUAAGUUCUAAUUAUCUGCUGAAGGCUAACGUUCAGGAAUGAAAGUUUUGCGGGGACUCUCAGUCGAGAUCGAAUUUAUCAAAUCCAUAUUAACAGAAGUAUGCUGUAUCUACCUCUGUUGUCUCGCACAUUGCCAAGUGUCGUGGUUUAUUAAGCAACUGAAAAUUGCAUGUUAAAACAAAUGUUAUGUGUGGGGGAAUGCUGUAUGCUUAAAAAAAGUGUCAAAGCAAUUGUAGGGCACAGGUUAAUUUCCUAACACCAUAAAGAAAGCUGCUCUGUGCCAUCUCGUGAAACCUUGCAAAAUUAGAGAAGCCUACAUACUACUACUACCCCAAUCACACUUUCGUCAAAAAACUUUGAUUCCAUAGAAAGGAAAUGUUGAACAACAGAUUGCACGAUGGUGGCCCAGCUGUUUGGGUCGUUAUACUCGAUUGUUGGCCUAACAUAUAGCCUCGCUUUACAGUGUUGUCUGAUGGGUUGGAACAUAUUGUUGCCAGCAUUGGUUCGAAUGUGUAACAUAGAUCCUAAACUGGGCAACAUUGGUUUGACAUUGCCGUCAUCUGCAUUGUUACUUAGUAUUGCAUGCAUGUUUGCAGUGCUCAUGUUUUCCUCUAGUAAUAGUGGUGUGAAACUGGACAAUCUAAAGACAUGAGCAGGCUUGAAUUGGAAGCCUCUCUUUAGCACAACAGAAAAAAAAGGCCUACACUGUACAAGGCAACUAUGUGUCAUCAUAUUUAAGAAAAAUCUGACUACAAAAACAAAGAUGGUUACGUUCUUUUGCAGGUUUAGUGUGUCCAGUUUUCUUUUUUUCAGCAUUAGCAGCUCGUGCAGUUUUGUCGGCAUACGUAUAUAUUUUAUUCUUUUUUCUGGCUGAAAACAUAGAAAGAGGCAGUUGUGCUCAUCAGCAUGUGGUAACUUGUACAUUAGUCACAGUCAACUUGUGUGUGAAAGAGUGGGUGAGAACAAUCAUCACAUUGUACGACCAUGUAGUCCUGAAUAAUUGAUCAUUUAGACUCUGCUAUGGGUGUUGAGGGCUGAUUACUUGUAAGCCUGAAUACAUUUACAAAUCGUACUGCAUUACUUGCAAGUUGUUUUCCGUGCAGACCUGUAAUUUUGUUCUACUGCACAUUCUUAUUCAAUUUGCUGUUUUUUUUUGUUUUUGGAAAUAAAGUUUUCUUGUACU